ACCAGAGUAAGUCAAAAUUUGAUAUUCAGUUAGUAGAGAUGAUUUUCAUUCAUGCACUUUCAAAGCAUUGGAUUAAUUUCCAAAAAUUUAAGUUAAAUUUACCGCAAAUAUUGAAAUUGGCUUGAAACUUUUGAAUUUCUUCUCGUUUUCUUGUCUCACCUGCUUCCUGAUAUUUUGUAUAGAUUGUAUAGAUACUUUUUCCCCACACAGAGCUUUGAUUCUUUCAAGAAAGUGCGCCGGCACAUCCGGGCGUAUUGCUCUGCCGUGUACACCUGCACGGUCUGCGGCCGCGACCAGCCUUCUGCUGCCAAGCUCAAGUUCCACAUGCUCACGCAUUCAGACAGGCGAGACUUCAAGUGCCCCUCUUGUGGGAACGCCUUCAAGCGCAAGGACAAACUCAAGGAUCAUCAGAAAAGGAUGCACUCAAAACCUACCGAUGCGGUCCUCAGGGACGAGCAACACACAGAAAAGGUAGAG